UCUUGAGAAGCCACAGUGAAUACAGUUCUCUCUCUUGGGUGUUCCCCACUUCUCUUGCUCUGCUGGACUUUAAUGCCUCCUUAUUCUGGGCCAUGCGUGGAGGUGACAGUACCAACAAACCAAGUGAUGCAGGAGCAAGGCUCCAGCGUGGAACUUCCCUGUCACUAUAAAACUUCAGUCAACAAGAACUUCAUACUGGAGUGGAGGUUUGCACCAAUCUCAACAGCACCAGAGAUGGGGAAACAGAUUCUCUACUUCACAAAUAACAUGCCGUACACGCUUGGCUCUCAGGCCAGCCGGCUGAGUCUCGUUCAGAACCCUCCCACCACGGGGGAUGCAACCAUUAGACUAGACAACGUUCAUCCUUCAGAUGCUGGCACGUACAUCUGUGAGGUGAACAACCCCCCAGACUUCUGUGGCAGUGGCUCAGGGCUCAUACACUUCACAGUGCUGAUGCCUCCCUCUACCCCUGUUUGUAAAGGGACUGAAUAUGCUUCUGUUGGGGCUGAUGCCACUCUGACCUGCAACUCUGCCGAGGGUAUACCCACUCCAGUUUAUGCCUGGUCACACACUGGUUCCAAGACACCAUUGCCACUGGCCAACAUGGUACAAGAUGAAAAAACAGGGACGCUGAUGCUGACCAACCUCUCGCUGGCCUUUUCGGGGACCUACCAGUGUGUUGCCUCCAACGAGUUUGGCCAUGCCAGCUGCCAAGUGACCAUCAACGUGACUGGUACUGCAAAAGCUGGAGUGAUCAUGGGAGCUGUCAUAGGAGUCCUCCUGGCCUUCUUCCUGUUCGCAGUGAUUAUUGUCUAUUUGUUACAGUACAGAAAGAGGGACAAGAAGGAUUCCCAAUCCACUUACAACGGGAAUGAAAUAAGUGAGGAUGCCACUGCCCCAGGGAUCACGGAAACCUCCUUGCAGAGGAGAGAGAGCGACCCUGGAAACCACUUCCUGGAACGGCCGUCGUCACAGGCAGAGUCCAUGAGCACCACCAAGUCCAGACUCAACAUCGUUGUCUGA